AUGGUAGCUGAACUGUUUAAAAACAAAAAUAAUAAAGACCAAGUUAAAUCAAUAAUAAAGCUGGUUAACAAGCAGUUAAUCAACGAAUUUAAAAACUCCGAAACAGCAUACUGGGAAGAUUUGGCCAAAAAUAUUAACUACAGAGACUCAGCUAAAUUUUUUCCAAACAUUAAUAGACAUUUUAGAUAUAAAGAACCGCCUUGUAUAGAAACAUUGAUAAUAAACAAAAAUAGCCCAUUAAUCUCUGACCAUACGCUCAACAAUUUCAGUCCAGCAGAAGAUAAAAAUAAUUACAUCAUUGAUCACCCAAUUGUAAAACUGAACAUCAUAGGCACAUCGACCAAGCAAUUUGCAGAUACAGUAGCAGAAGACAUAAAAUCAAGAAUAGAUAGUUACAGAAGAUAUAAUUUCACACACACUACCUUUUCAAAAACGAAUCCAGCUCAUUAUUCAUCACAGAAUCAGGAGUUACCGAAUUUUUUGCAUACAUAUAUACAAGUAGCCCUCACUUUGAAGACAGCCAAGAAUAAAACUUCAUCAGGUAUAGACAAUAUACCGAUGAAGGAUUACAGCAAUGGACCGUCACUCAAUAAAUUUGGUCUCAAUUCAGGUAAUAACACAUACAGUGGAGCAUACGCUGAUGAUGAAACAGUUUACGUUGCAGAUAGUAAAAUACCGGUCAUACAAAAUAAGUUAACAAAAAUAAUUAAUGAAAAAUACCACUGCUACAAAUCAUGGAACCUUAAAAUGAACCCAGAUAAGAGUGAGAUAAUAUUAUUUCGAAAGACUGUAAAUGAAAUCGCUCCUCCUACAGUCCUACUGAUCAAGAACUUUCAAAUCACCAUCACAGACAACGACACAGGUGAAAAAUUUAACAUCCCGAAUAAGGACGGUCAAAUAUCUGGGAGUUCAUUUUGA